CCAAGACAGUUAAAACCGUCACUUCCGUCUCUUUUUACGCAUUUCCGAUCAUCCUUUUUAAUCGCCUUCACUGCAAACUCUCUUUUCAUCAACAUUUCCAAUCCAAUCCAAUCCAAGCUCGAAACAAUGUCGUUUCGAAAACGAGAACCUAAUAAUCGAGCCAACAACAAGACACCCUCCCUUUACCCUCAAGUAAUUGAUUCGAAUCCCGAAGCCCCAACAUAUCCUCAGUACUCUAAUUCUAACUCAAAUACGUCGUCGUCUAAUCUCUAUCCGACGCUCGAUAUGCACGAUUUAGCUACUAAUCUCUUUCCGGAACCCUCGGCCCCGCCCGAGCCUCUUGCCGUUGAGGAAAACCUAAUUAAAAUUCCCGGUGCCAUUCUCCACCUUAUCGAUAGAUCCUAUAGCGUUGAGCUUGCAUGUGGAGAUUUGAAGAUCAUUCGUCUCGUUCAGGGGGGAAACACCGUCGCUGUUCUCGCUUCCGUUGCUGAUGAGAUCCAGUGGCCGUUAACGAAGGAGGAAGCGGUUGUUAAAUUAGAUGAUUCUCAUUAUUUCUUCUCUUUUGGAUUUUCAGAUUCAGAUACAGGUGGCGAUGAGGGGAGUAAAAACAAAAGUAAAUCUGAAAGUUCUCAUGGUAAGGAUUCGGAUGUGUUGAAUUAUGGACUUACGAUUGCGUCGAAAGGUCAGGAGAAAUUGUUGAAAGAAUUGGAGGGAAUCUUACAGGCUUACAGCUGUUUUAGUGUCCAGAAAGUUUCGGCAAAAGCAAAGGAAGCUUUGGAUGGUGAAGUGGCAAAGGAGACAGCCCCUUCUGAAUUGAAAGGAAAGAAGAAGGAGAAGAUGGAGCAGCAGUGCGCGGCUUAUUGGACUACAUUGGCCCCUAAUGUGGAAGAUUACAGUGGGACUGCUGCAAAAUUGAUAGCUGCGGGCUCAGGGCAGCUGAUUAGGGGGAUUUUGUGGUGUGGAGAUGUUACUGUGGAUAGGUUGAAAUGGGGAAAUGGGGUUUUGAAGACGAGGAUUGGUCCUGGGGAGAACGCAGCUGAGAUUAGUCCAGAGACAUUGAAGAGGAUUAAAAGGGUUAAGCGAGUCACAAAAACAACACAGAAAGUGGCAAGUGGUGUUCUCACUGGCGUGGUGAAAGUCUCCGGAUUUUUCACAAGUUCUGUUGCCAAUUCAAAAUAUGGCAAGAAGUUUAUCAACCUCCUUCCUGGGGAAAUCAUUCUCGCAUCUCUGGAUGGAUUCAACAAGGUAUGCGAUGCAGUUGAAGUAGCUGGAAAGAAUGUCAUGUCAACAUCUUCAACUGUAACUACUGAGCUCGUUUCUCACAGGUAUGGGGAGAAAGCAGCUGAAGCCACCAAUGAGGGGCUUGAUGCCGCAGGUCAUGCAAUAGGCACUGCAUGGACGGCGUUUAAGAUUCGCCAGGCCAUUAACCCUAAGAACGUUGUGAAGCCUUCAGCCCUAGCCAAGUCUGCUGCCGCAGCUGCAGCUGCAGCUGCUGAGAUUAAAGCAGCUGCUGAGAAUAGAGCCAGUGCGAUUAAAGCCAGUAAGAAGACUUCUUCCAAAUAAUAUUAUAUUGUUUGUUGUAUUAUAUCCACUUACCGAUUGAUUGAUUGGAGUUGGCCAUGUCUAUUUUGUUGGACUUUCUCUUUUAGAUUAAAAUCUGAGCCUGAGUCAGAGUUUUUCAAAGUA